ACACUUCGACCGUUCUGCUAAUAGUGCCGCUGUGUGUGUGUGUGUUGUGCUCAUGAUGUUUUGAAGUUUGUUUUCAUUUUUGGAACUUUGUAAAGAAGACAAUGAUUGAAUCAGUUGACAGUGAUAUUGUCUUUCUGAAUUCCAUUAACUUGACUGCGGACGUUCUACCUAGCUCAUGGGUAUCACUAGGUAAAGUCAUCAAGGCAUCGUUGCUUCCUGAACAAACCUACGGUGAAGACAGACCUGCAGAGGAGGCUGAUUUUGAAUCACAUAGGAAAGACGUCGUAAAUAAACUUAAAUCAGUGUUGAAUUUUAUCCGAAAAUUUGUGUCUAUCGUACCAAGCCAAGUUUUUGACCGCGACUUAUUGGUAUGGUUAUUAAUCCUCUGCGGAGAGCACCAUUUUCCAGACUUGUGGACGACAGAUGAAACACGUGAAGUGGCAGUUUUAUGCGUCCAGGAACUCUGUUCGUUCUAUGAUUGUUCAUCAGUUUCACAGCUGGUGCUGGGUCAAUCUCAGAAAUCAAGCCCCUGCUUCAAGCAAGCUUUAGUAAUUUUACGACCAAAGCUAUUACGAAAUUCCUGGCGCAAGAACCCAGGAGCUAUUGCUUCCUACAAAUGGCUGUUAGUUCAACUUUGUGCACCACAUCUUUCAGAGUACCUGGAUAUUGUUUCACCUACAACCCUCUUAAUCUUAGAUGAUCAUGAUGAGGGACGAAGACUCCUGGGAUUGCAGUGUAUGUUACAUAUAAUUGACAAUGUGGCCCGCACAGAGUUGUGUCAACGUGGUCUUCAUCAGGUGUUUUAUAAAACUCUUGAACCUAUGAUGUGGCAACGUACACCCAGCCAAAUUGAGCUAGUAUUCACAUGCAUAACUCAUCUUUUGAGCCUAACCGAACGUGGAUACACUAGGAGUAGUGAACCAGGAAUGUGGGACAUGUUUGAUGAUACCCUCAGUACUCUACUUGAUACGAUGGUAUUUGAGGAUCAAAUACCUCUCCGCCUGGCAUACAUCAAGUCUCUUGGACCUCUAUUAUCUGCUAUGGGUCCCCAAGUCAUUCGUUGGAGUAAACCACUUGUAGCUGUAUUUGAUGAGUACCUGCACAAGGACUCAUUUGACACUAGGAAAUAUGCCUUGGAGGCUAUGAGAACGUACAUUUGCUUGUCAAGCCCAAGAAUGAGCCAGAAUGGAGAUAAUAUACUGUUCUUGCUUCUAAGAACUUGUCAAGACAUUUCAGAAGAUAAUACAACAUCUGAUGAACUUCAUUUAGUCAAAAACUGUGUUAGUAUGAUGAGAUUGUCUGCCCCUAAAGACUUUCAGAAUGUCCUUCUAGAAUUGCAAAAUCUUUCUUGCACUGAAAAAAUGCAUGAACAAAUUAUGAAUGUAUUUGGCCUUUGAAAUAAAUUGUAAGAUGUCUCUCUUUAA